CCCUCACUCAGCGAGUGACGCAGAAACGGCGUGAUUUCGGUUCAGCAGUUUGUCAGCGGAUAUGCAGCUGAAAGGGGUGCUUCUUUUGGCCUUCUACGGGCUGCUUUGCCUUUCGCACCUGGCGCAAGCCAAUAGGAAGGACAGGCAUCACAAAAAUUUUAGAGAUGAGGACGUUGAGAACGUGGAACUAGAACCCGAGAUCAAAACGGCGGCAUCUCUAAGCCACGCAAUGUUGCAACAACUUACUGAUGCUGUUAGGUCGCUUUUACCCGUCAAAGACCAAAUUUCAAGUCAGCAAGCAAAAAUUGACCAAAUUUAUGACGUAUCACUAGAGGCAAAGAAAUAUUUGGAGAGUUCUAAGAAAAACGAAAGUGAAAUCGAACAGAUGCGAUCGGAAAUUUCUCGAAUGGCGAGGAAAGUGUCAACCACCGACACUGAAUGCUCAGAAUCGCUUGAGUACUGCAGGCUGAACAUGAAAAACGCUCUGGCUGAACUCAGACAAAGAUGCGACUCUGACGUAGAAGCGGUCGAGCGCAAGUGGCAGGACAAAAUGCAGCAACUGAGUUUCCAGCAGGGUGGCCAGAUCAGCGAGUUUCAACAGGGGUGCGAGGCCCAAACGAUCAGUCUCCAGACGCAGUGCUUCACCAAGAUGAUGGACCUGAGCACCGAGGCGGACAAAACGAUCGCCGUGUUGAAAGCCGAGAAUGAAAAGCUGCAGGCGCAAAUUGCCGAGUUGAAUGAAAAACUGGGCAAGUGCGUUCCGGAAAAGAGCGACUUUGAUUACAAGGGCAACGUGGCCAAGUCGGCUAAGGGUUUGGAAUUUGAAAAAGUGCCCAAACCUACAAGUUCGCCCGAAAAGGCUGACUGUGAGGGCUUCUCUGAACCAUCAGCACCAGUUUCUCCUACCCUAACUGAAAGUGGAAUGAAUGUUGGAAACAAUAAGCAAUACAUAAUUGGUGAAAGAAAGGUAACUUGGGAAGAAGCAAACGAACUUUGUCGCGCAAAGGGCAUGUGGCUGCUGACCCAGGAGACGGAGAAGGACAAGCACCUGCUCAACAUUCACAUCCAGAAAAUCAUUGGCACCCAGCCAGCCACUUUCUGGAUGUCUGCCCGCAAGGAGGAGGGCGAGACAUGGUUCAUGUGGCAAUGUUUCACCACCAGCCAGAGGCCCUGGCGUCACACCCAGGUUCCGAAGACGGACCAGAGGUGCGCCUACGUCACCUACCAGAAGGGAGGCAAGGGUGUCUGGGCUGACGACCCCUGCGAAGACACCCACAGGUAUAUCUGCCAAAAGAUGGUGCACUGAAGAACAAGUUUGAUUCAGCUCAAAUAAUUUUGAUCCACAAAUUAUUGGAUGUAUUCUUAAGGUUGCAGUUUAAAUAAAAACCACAACGAUUUUUGUGAAUAUCAGAAAUAAAAUUUUAUUAAUUGAA